UUGGGCGAUCUGGUUGCCGGCCUUGCUCCGAUAGUCGGCGCGGAGCACGUCCUCACUGACCCCGUAGAGAUUGACCGCUAUUCGGCCGACGCCCUGACGCCAUACCGCGCCUACUACGCCGACGCGGCUUUCGACCGGCUGGCCGAUGCGAUCGUUCGGCCGGCGGAUACGGCGCAGGUAUCCCAGGUUGUUGCAUUUGCCCAGGAACGCUCGGUUCCGGUAAUCCCCUACGGCGGCGGAACCGGGGUGAUGGGCGGAGUGCUGCCGGUUCACGGCGGUAUCAUCCUCGACCUGGGCCGGCUCAACCGACUGCUGCGCGUGGACACCGUAUCGCAGACCGCGGAGGUUGAGGCGGGGAUGAUCCUCGAAGACCUCUACGCUGGCCUGGAACCCCACGGCCUGAUGCCGGGGCAUGACCCUUACAGCGUACCCAUCGCCAGCGUGGCCGGGACGAUCUCCACCAACGGCGUGGGCUAUCGCGCCGCCGCCUUCGGCCCCAUGGGCGACCAGGUGGUGGCGCUGGAAGUGGUCCUUCCCGACGGCCGCGUCAUCGAGACGCGACCGGUGCCGAAGCAGUCCUCCGGCCCGGACCUGAACCACCUGUUCAUCGGCAGUGAGGGCGUCUUCGGCGUGAUCACCCGGGCCACCCUGCGCGUGUUCCGGCAGCCCGAGGCCGCCGAGUACGCGACGAUGGAAUUCACGGAUUUCGACGCCGGCUUCAUGGCGGUGUCAGAAAUGGCCGCCCUGGGCAUCCGCCCGACGCUGCUGGAUCUGACUGAGGACAGCGAAGGCAUCCUGCUGCACCUCCUCUUCGAGGGCUAUCGGGAAGGGGUGGAUGCGGCGCUGCGGCGCACCAUGUCAGUUUGCGACGCGGCCGGAGGGGCGGGACGUGGGCCCGGAGCCGACCCUGUCCUAUUGGAAGCAUCGGCAUGA